AUGCUACCGCCACUGGAACCACCCCCACGAAGAUCAAGUGUAAACAGGCAUGCCGUGGAUUACCUUACCUCUGCGUAUGCAGAGUCAAAUGGCUCGGUGGGAACGCCAGUGACGUACGACUUCGCCUAUAGACAAACAGCCACAGAAAGCCAGACAGCAAGACCUAGCCUGUUGACCUUCCGCGCACCACCAUAUAUGCACGUGGAGAGCUGGGACUUCACAAGGGACUUCUACGAUGACGAGAUCCUCGCCGGCGAACAUCUAUCAGAGCAGCUAGAUGCAAUGCUUGAUCAGCCAGUCGACCUGUCCAGGAGAACUACGAGACAACUGCAGCAAAGCUUCGUGGAAAACUUCCUUCGUUGGACUCCUAUUUUUGAUCAGCAGACGUGUGUGAACGCUGUCGAGCAAGCAAUCUCGGAUAGUUUCGUCGGAUCUUCACCUUCUACUUGUCUGGCACUCUUCUUGUUGGCUGUGGGUGCUGUUACAGAAGAUAAAGGUAAGACUGCCAAGGACACACUUCCAGGUCUUGAUUAUCUGGCUCGAUGCAGUCAAAUUUUGGAGCGCCUCUCACUAAGGAACGGAAACCUUAUGACGCUCCAGUGCCGCGUGCUGCAAGCGAUCGAUCUAGUGGAAUUCAAUAACCGAGACCCCGCAAAACCUUUGCCUGUGGUGCAUACACAACGGACCUAUCAAAGCCGCAAUAUCAGCCAGACCAGUUCGGAUUAA